AUGCCCCCUCCCAGGGUGCACUUCCAGGACUCAGCUCCUGGACAGGGACAGUCAGUCAUCAGGAAUAAGGUGGUUGAGGAGUGGGCCCAGGGCACCUUCAAACUCAACCCCAAUGCUGAGAACAUCCACACAGCCAACAAGCACCACCUGAAGGUGGUCACGGACCUCAGGUUGUGGAUGUGGCAGACCUGCUUCACGCUCUCGGGCCUCCUCUGGGAGCUCAUGAGGGCUAUGGUGGAUUGGGCAGAGGUGUUCCUGCUCCAGCGCGACUCCUGGUCUGGCGCCAGGUGCUGGCCCCGGGGGUUUCAAUCCAAGCAUAAUUCAGUGAAGCAUGUGUUUGGCAGUGGGACCCAGCUCACUGUUUUAGGUCAGCCCAAGACUACCCCGUCGGUCAUUCUGUUCCUGCCGUCCUGUGAGGAGCCCCAAGCCAACAAGGCCACACUGGUGUGUCUCAUGAAUAACUUUACGGGAAUCUUCAUGGUGACCUGGAAGGCAGAUGGUACCCCCAUCACCCAGAGCGUGGAGAAGACCACGCCCUCCAAACAGAGCAACAGCAAGUACGUGGCCAGCAGCUACCUGAGCCUGACGCCCGAGCAGUGGAGGUCCCGCAGAAGCUACAGCUGCCAGGUUAUGCAUGAAGGGAGCACCGUGGAGAAGUCAGUGGCCCCUGCAGAAUGUUCAUAGGUUCCCAGCCCCCACCCCACCCACAGGGGCCUGGAGCUGCAGGAUCCCAGGGGAGGGGUCUCUCUCUGCAUCCCAAGCCAUUCAGCCCUUCUCCCUGUACCUAGUAAACCCUCAAUAAAUAUCUUUGUCAGCCAGAAA